UUCCCCAUUGUAAUGGAUUUUCAUAACGUUGUCGUUCCUUAAUGUCCUUUUAUUGUUAUUGCAUAUUUAUUGUGGUGUACUUCACGUCAACAAAAGUGGCAACGACGUCGCGCGUCAACGACACCUUCUUCUGUCACCGCGUGUAAAGGGGAAAACAUUUGCAUUUUCCUUGAAUAUUUGUGUGGGUUCUUCGCGGUUUUCUCAAGUUCCUUUCGCCAUCUCUAAAGGGGGAAAUUUAAAUAAAGAAGAUUGUCACAAAAAUAUUUUAGCUGGAAAAAUACUAUGACGCGAAAUCAAGGCAAUGAAGUGAAAUUUAAUUGAAAGGUAUUUGAAUACAACAAAAAAAAAAAAAGAAGAAAUAAAAAGCCGAGUAGUCAAAAUAAAAUUUGUUUGGAGGUGCAUGAAUACAAAAAGCAGGCAAAUGGAAAAAAGUGAUUAAUUACAAAAGCAAACAAAAUGAAAUGAAUGAGUUUGUGCGAAUCACAGCUGGAGCCCUUGAAAGUUGACAGAUGUGUGGUUGUGUACAGCAAAGUGGAUAAGAAAAUUUAAUUAAAAUUGUUUUUCUAAUAAAAAUAGAAAGAAGAGAUUAAUAAUUAAAAAAAUGAGUAUUAUUUUGGAUUACGACUAAACAAAUUCAAUGUGAUUCUAUUUUAACAUACAACAACCGCUGUUAUUUGUAUCCUACUGUAAGAGAAAUUACUGCGUAUAUGUGCUAAUAUAAAGUGCGGCAUAAUACACCAUUUAUUUGCGAUGUGAAGCAUUCAAGGAUAGGGAUAUGGAUGAAUUGAAUUAAUAAAUUAAGUCUGCAAAAAAUCCAACAAUUUCGCUACUAUCGCAACUACAACUACGACAACUGCCUAUGCUGAUAAAGAGCUCUUUGUGCAUUUAUGAUAAAUGAACACUACCGAUUUUUUGAAAUAUUUUAACGAGCAACAUUCUACAAAGCAAAGGAUUACAAAAAAAAAAAAAAACGGAAAACAUUGGUCGCAUAUCCAGGACACCAGCUGCAGAGGCAUUUGUAUUGUUGAAUAAAAUGAAAGUAACCAUGAGUUUUGAACACCAUCAGCAAUGUCAUCAUCACACCCAUCAUCAUCAGCAGCAUGAAAAACAUUAUCAAUAUCAUCAUCACAAUCAGCAUCAUCAUCAUAAUCACCAGCAGCAGCAUCCGUAUUUCACACUGCCAUUGCCAACGCAACAGAAUUUCUGGUACAUCCUUCAUCUGAUACUCUUUCUGAUAGAUAUAACAAGCUGUCUGACAAUGACAGAGGUGAAAAUUCCCAAUCAUAUAAUGCGCUUUAAGAGUGCCAUUUUGGGCUGCCGCUACAGUCUGGAUGGAGAAUCGUUGUACUCAGUGAAAUGGUAUAAAGAUGGACAUGAAUUUUAUCGCUAUGUGCCACGAAACAAACCACCAGGACAGGCAUUUCCAUUGCCUGGUGUUACUGUCGAUUUACGCAAUUCAUCUGAUACUCAAGUGAUGUUGAGACGCGUUACACUCCAGUCAACAGGCGUUUACAAAUGUGAAGUAUCCGGCGAAGCUCCAGCGUUCAAUACAGUUUCCGAAUCAGAAACUAUGACUGUCGUAAUGACCCCCACACGAGGACCUCGCAUAACUGGCGGUCAGGCUCGCUAUCAAAUUGGUGAUAUAGUUCGUGUCAAUUGUACAUCAUCUGCCUCCAAACCUGUUUGCCACCUCAGUUGGCUUAUAAAUGGAGAGCCGGCCAAUCGAGCAUAUCUUAAAUACUAUAAUAAUAGAGUGAUAGGCAAUGAAUAUCUGGAGCAGGCCACAUUAGGUUUGGAAUUCAAAGUGAGAUCGUAUCACUUUAAAAAUGGUGACAUGAAACUAAAGUGUGUGGCAAAAAUAUCGUCGCUGUAUUUUCAAAGUCGUGAAGCCAGUGUGGUAUCGGAUCACCCCCACAAAGCACCUGCUUUGGAGUCUAGGGAGACAGUGGCUGCAAAAUCAAGAGCUCAUGGCGCUUCCAGCAGCGGAAGUAUACAUCAUUCAAAAGGUAUGCCGAUUAAUUACUUGCUAACUUUAUUAUGCUGCCUUAGCAUUUUAACGGCAGCCACAGCAACAACAUCAAUAACCACAGCCGCAGCUCCCAAGACAGCGCGAAGGACAUCAUGCACGAGGCCACGUACACCAGCAACAGCGAAUACAUCGAGCAGUCCAUCAACAUCGACAACCAACUGCAUUAGCAGCAGUUGCAGAGGCACUCACAAUUUCAUAUAUUCACAUAUUGUAUUUAGAUAACUAUGUUACAUAGCAUUAAGGUCAUUCUAAGUGCAAAAAAAAAAAAAAACAAAACCGACAGAGAUCCCCUCCAACUUUCCCCUUGUGUACUAUAUGGAAUAGCAACUUAUCUAAUUUUCAUAUGAAAAUAAGCGCAAAUAUAGAACAACAUAUGCAUGUCGAUAUGAAGCGAACGUGUUGUGAGCGUGUGAAUGAUCAUAUAAAUUUAUGUGUGUGUGUGUGUG